AUGGCUGAUCCCACAGCCUCAGCGUCGGGGACGUCGAAGGAAAAAACGGUUGAUAGAGAUCUCAACGUCCAGCACACCUCGCAUUCGUCGUCCCGCAACAUCCCCGCCUCAGAGCGCAAGGAAGUCGUCCCGAAAGCAGAAGCCACCGAUGCGGGAACUUCUCUUACUCCUGGGGCAAAUCCUUCGGGGAUCGACGCCGAAAAUGGCGAAACUCGCGAUAAUAAUGAACCCUCGUCAGAACAAUUUUACUCCGUCUUCUCGCGCAAGACGAAAAUCUUCCUAGUUCUCAUGACUGUUUUUAGCACAUUCUUUUCUCCCUUCUCCGCAUUCGUCUAUCUCCCCGCCAUCACACCCAUAGCCGAGUCCUACCACCGCUCUCUCGGUCAGCUUAACCUCACCGUGACCGUUUACCAGAUCAUGCAAGCCAUCGCCCCUCUCUUCUUCGGGGACCUGAGUGACCGAGUUGGCCGUCGGAUCGUUUACAUGCUCACGUUUGCCAUUUACUUGGGUGCGAACGUCGGCCUCGCGCUGCAAAAUAACUACGCCGCUCUCAUGGUUCUAAGAGCGUUGCAGAGCACCGGUUGCAGCGCUACUGUGGCUAUAGGAAACGCUGUUAUCGCCGACAUUGCCACCAGCGCUGAGAGAGGUGGCUACAUCACUGCUGUUGUGGCGAGUGCUCAACUCUCCCCAGCUAUAGCGCCGAGCGCUCGCAAGAUACGGCGCAAGCCCAACGAGCUUGAGGAGAGAGUACACUCUGAACCGGCAUCGGCUCGGCCGGCGAAACGACGCCUAAAAAUCCCCAUUCCGAACAUCUGGGCCGCAAUCCUUAUUAUCUUUGAAAAGGACGUGGGGCCACUCAUGCUCUUCAUGUCACUCUUCGUCAUGGCAAACUACGCCAUGCUCGUCCCUCUGCAGGAUGUCGUCCGUCGGCGGUACAACUUGAACGACUUGCAAGUCGGACUUUGCUUCAUUCCCUUUUCAGUUGGCGCCGUCGCGGGAUCCGCCGUCGUGGCAAAGCUGCUGAACUGGAACUACGUACGUGUCGCGAGGAGCAUCGGCGUGUCUCCGGACCGCAAGAAGGGAGAUGACUUGAGGAGGUUCCCCAUCGAAAGAGCGAGGUUGGAUAUUAUGUGGCCGUGGACUUUGUUGGCCGUGGGCAUGAUCAUCGCAUGGGGCUGGGUUGUGGAUUCUGGCGCUAGUCUCGCAGCACCGCUCGUCGUGUUGUUCCUCGCGGGUGCGGGUCUCAGCGGGCCCAUCGCGAUCCUUUCGACGCUUCUCGUGGACUUGUAUCCCAUGAACCCUGGCCGAGUGUCUUCAUCUUUUAACUUGACUAGGGCCGGUACGAGCGCCAUCGGCACCGCUGUGGUCCAGUAUAUUAUUGAUGCUUGGGGCUACGGCUACACCUAUCUUUUCAUGGGAUUAGUGGUAUUAGCAGCAUGUCCUUCUGUGUGGAUAGUGCGAACAUGGGGUCCCAAGUGGAGGGAGGAACGAUACCGCCGUUUCGAAGAGGCAGAGAAUGAUGCGGUAGGGCGGUAG